AUGGCAUUUCGUAAUUUGACACGUGGCGUAUUUCAAAUAGUUACAAAUCGAAGAUUUUAUACAGCAAUUCAACAACAAAUUUUUAUUCGAAAACCAAUAAUAAAUAAUCAACAAUUUCGUCAAUUUUCAUCAGUAACAAUACAUAAUGAUGCUUAUAAAGAUUUAAGUAAAUUUCUUGACAAAGAAAUUCAAUUAGAAAAAACUGCACAAAAACAUUCAAGUCAAUUACCUACUAUUCAAGGUUUCGAGGUACAAAGCAAUGGUCCCGCAAUAACAUUAACUCGUAAAUCAGGAAAAGAAAACAUUACUGUUAAAUUUAAUGUAACACAUACAGUAAAUGCAGCUGAAUCUGAUCAAGCUAUGAAUUUCGAUGAAGCAGGAGGACAACAACAACAAUCAAAUAGUGAAAUAUCUCAAUCAUCAUCAUCAUCACAAUUAAAAUCACGACCAACAUUUACUGUUGAUAUUAAUAAUGGUGGACAGACAUUAUCAUUUUUAUGUUCAUAUUUACCACAAGAUUAUUCUGUUGCACCUGAACAAUACCAAAGUGGAGAAAAUCAACAACAACAACAACAACAACAACAACAAGAAAAUGAUAAAUUAGAAGAUUUUCAAAUUGAUGAAUUUGCUAUUCAUGAUGGUGAUUGGAAUGAUAAUGUUUAUAGUGCUGAUUGUGCUGUUAUUGAUGGAGAACUUUAUGAUAAAUUACUUAAUUUACUUGAAGAACAUGGAAUUGGUGAAGAAUUUGCUAAUCAAUUAAUAGAUUUUUCUACAGCCUAUGAACAUGGUCAAUAUAUUGGUCUACUUGAAAAAUUACAACAAUUUUCCAAAAAAUAA